AUGGCGGAUCUGCAGCAAUCUUCUCCGGCUAAGCGGAAACUUCCCUUCAAGCGCACGGUUAGGCGCAAAUCAACUGAAGCGGCAGAUGAUGGCCUCUCCCUCUUCAGCCGUUCCGGCGAAUUCUUCGAAGAACAGCAGAGACUUGCUAAAGAAAAAGUAGAACAGGAGAAGGCUGCGAGGGCAGCUAAAGAGCAACGAGAGCGAGAGGAAAGAUUAAUUCGUGAGCGUCAGGCAAAACAGGAUACAUUAAAUAAAAAUCCCACUUACGAUCCGGCAUCUCCGCAGAAACGCCGUCGUAUCUCGCUUCCGGACGAAGAGGAAGGUAAAGAUAGCGAUGACGAUGAUAUAUUCAGCUACAAACCCACUAAGAAGCGAAAGUCUCCUUCUGUGCCUUUUACACCCGAUUCUAAACGAGAGAGUCCAUAUGUGACCAGUACGAAGGGGUCCGAAGGAUCGAGAAGACAUGGCACACGUUCCCAAUCGGUGAAUGUUGGUGCGCCCGUGAUCUCUUUAGAUAAUGACGAUGAUGAUCUCACCUUUAUGCCAUCUCCUACAAGGCGUCCUCUUCUUCAACGCCCCCAUAAGGAAACUGAUCAGGACGUAGUUACACUGGACGAUGAGAGCGACCCUCAAGCCGAAGUGGCUGAAGAGCAAAAGGAAGAUGAAGAAGAGGACCCUUCCGAGUAUUAUGUUAGGAUUGCAAUGGAAAGGGCGCAAAAAGCCAAGGAAGAGCGGGAAGCAAGAGAAAAGGGCGGUUCGAUAGGGAAUGAAGAUGAUCCGGUCGUGCAGAUCCUUAUUCAUCCCCACCUAGCCGGCGUUCAAACGUUAAUGUUUAGGCGUAAAUUAUCGCAGAAGUUGACAGUGGUUUACCAGACAUGGAUCGAGCAACAAGUAGCUAAACGUAGCCUGAUACCACGUUCUGUAUUGGAUACCAUGUUUUUCACCUGGAGGGGAAACAAGGUGUAUCCACACACAACCCUACAAACAUUGGGCAUCAAACCGGAGCGCGAUGGUACGCUGUAUCCGAGCUGGAAGGAGGACCAAGAAGGAUAUCACGGGCGAGACAAGGUGUUCUUCGAAGCAUGGACACAAGAGCUCUAUGACGAAUACUUGGAAGAAAAGGAGAAGCAGCGACUGCGUGACCUAGGGGAAUUGAUAGAUGAGGAGCCUGAAGAAAAACAGGAACCAGAGCAAUCGCAAACUUCCCAGGGAGACCAGAAGAUCCGCGUGUUCUUCAAGGCAAAAGAUCAACAGCCUACGAAAGCGACAGUACGCUCUAGCACUACAGCUGCUCAGCUGAUCAAGCUGUAUCGACGACUCGCGAACAUCAUGGGGAAUAAGACUAUCGAGCUUCAUUGGGAUGGCGAGGUCUUAGAUUCGGACACCACAGUGGAAGAGGCAGAUAUCGGAGAUAUGGAUUCCCUCGAAGUCCAUAUUAAGUGA